CACCAGAAUUUUUUUUAGAUGCUUCUGUUAGAAAACAGUUUAUGUAUCCUCCACCAAUUGAACAUGAACUCUCUCUCGAAUUAAGAGAGAAGAUGGUGAGAACUAAUUCAGUUGGUAGUAUUAUACAGUCCACACCUGGUGGGCCAGCAUUCAAGAAAAAUUACGGAACAGCUUACGAUGAUGACAGUGAUGAAAAUGGACUGUGUGCAUUCAUCAUCACUUUUCUGUCCUAUGUUCUAAUAUUCCUAACAUUACCCUUUACUAUAUGGGGCUGUAUCAAGGUAGUCCAGGAAUAUGAAAGAGCUGUUAUAUUCCGUCUGGGACGCCUGAAGUCUGGAGGAGCUAAAGGACCUGGACUCUUCUUUAUUAUUCCAUGCAUCGAUACAUACAG